CCCCCUGUUUUUCUUCUUUUUCUUGCUCUGCCUUUUACAAGAUGAUUAAGACCAAAAGGGUGGAUGCCAUGGCACCCUAUCGAACCUCUUCUCCGUGCUCUCGGCCGCGAUAAGGCCCCGCGCGGGGUGAUAAGCCUUCCAGAGAUAGCAAUGGUAGCAAUGGAAUGACGGUGCACUCGCUGCAUUCCACGUCACUCUCACUCUCAGGAACACUUCAUUCAACUUAUCCCUGAUUAAACUCCUCAUACCUAGAGUUGACGCAAAUGGCAUCUCACAGCUCGCUACCAGGCGAGUUCGAUCGAAUCCCCAUUAUCGACCUCUCCACCUUAAAAAGUCCGCUGCUCAAGGAGCGCAAACAGCUGGCAAAAGAGAUAUUCAACGCCUGCACCGAGGUUGGAUUCUUCUACAUCAAGAAUCAUGGGAUCGCCGAAGACCUCAUCGCUUCUCUUCAUGAGAUGGCGCAUCGGUUCUUCACGCUCUCGGACGAGCACAAGCUGGAAUACUAUAUCGGAAAGUCAAAGAAAUAUCGCGGUUUCAUGCCCCUCUUCUCGGAGCAACCCACUGGCACGGAUACCACCCCCCAUCCGGACCCCUCACUCGGAGCCUUCUCCGAAUCCUUCGAUAUCGGAUACGAGAUAGCAGCAGAUCCCCAGAAAAGCCGGAAUGACGUUCUUCCUCCUGACACAUAUAACCUCUAUGGAGACAAUCAGUGGCCGGGUGAGGAUGUCCCUGGCUUUCGUGAGGUCUAUCUUCGAUACUUUGCCGAGGCGUUGACCUUAUGUCGGGGGUUGAUACGAAUAUUUGCGCUAGCCCUUGAUCUACCAGAGGACUUCUUUGACCCGAUGGUAACGUACCCCGGGGCGACGUCGAGAAUGCUGCAUUACCCGCGUCAGCCAGUUACGAAUGAGGUGAAAAUCGGGCUUGGGGAGCACACGGACUAUGAGUGCUUCACCAUCCUGUCACAAGAUCAGGUCCCCGCACUGCAGGUCCUCAACGCUCGACAAGAAUGGAUUCUGGCGCCGCCCAUUCCAGGGACGUUGGUCGUGAAUAUUUCAGAUUGCCUGUCCAUCUGGACGAACAAGCGGUUCAUAUCCACAAUUCAUCGUGUGACCAACCUUGCUGGACAGGAGCGAUAUACCAUCCCGUUCUUCUUUGGCGUGAACUAUGACACGACCGUGUCGGUGCUGCCGAACUGCAUUUCCGAGGACAGACCUGCGUGUAAAAAGUCAUUUAAAGCCGGACAGUGGGUGCGCCACCAAUUGACGACGGCCUAUGUUGGGUACGGGCCGGAGCCGUCUGUUGAGAAUAACUGAGGGCAUGUCGGCAGGGGCUAGAUCAGAUCUUUAGGAAUGAUAUUGAAGACGGG